ACAAGCGUGAAGAGACGUCAGGCAAUUUAGCAAAGACUAUUAAAGUUCAAACAUCUGAGGGCCAUAAAUCACACACCUCCGCCUUGUGUGUUGAUUGCAUAUUAUGAAUCACUGGUGCUCCUCGCCGACACUCCUGUGACCCGUGUGUUUGUAUCUUUGCAGGCUACGGCCACUCCACGCCCAACACGGUGGCGGGCAAGAUCUUCACCAUCCUGUACGCCAUGGUGGGCAUCCCGCUGUGUCUGGUGCUCUUCCACUCCAUUGGCGAGCGGCUCAACAAAGUGUCCUCCAUCGGCAUCAGGCAAAUCAAGAAGAUACUAAAGUGCCAGGACACGGACGCCACGGAGGUGGACCUCAUCCUGGUGGUGACGACGCUUUCCACUAUCACCAUCACCUCAGGGGCAGCCGUCUUCUCCAAAUACGAGAGUUGGUCCUAUUUCGACUCUGUCUACUACUGCGUCAUCACCCUCACCACCAUAGGGUUCGGGGACAUGGUGGCGCUGCAGAAGGAUCAGGCGCUGGACAAAAAGCCGGAGUACGUGACCUUCGCCCUCAUUUUCAUCCUGUUCGGCAUGGCGAUCGUGGCCGCCUCCCUCAACCUGUUCGUGCUGCGCUUCGUCACUAUGAACACGGAGGACGAGCGGCGGGACGAGGCGGAGGCUCUACAGGCGGCGGCGGGGGCGGUGCGAGUGGAGGGGGAUGUAAUCACCGCCAACGGCUCCAUCCUGUCCGGCCAGUGUCCCCAGGAAGGCGCCUCCUUCACCGAUCUCACCUCCGUCUGUUCGUGCACCUGCGCCUCCUGUGCGCCCUGCCACGCCCUUCCCUUUAGGAGGUCAUACAGUUUUCGGAAGCGGUCCAAGUACCUCUCGUACAUCUUGCCGCGAGCAAACCGUCUUCGGCAGCAGCGGGAACAGCAGCUUCAGCGGGACCUGCAGAUGACGCAGCGAGACCACGACCCACAAGUGACCCACACUGAGACACAAGAGGAAUUGUGCUCCUCCUCGUACGAAUGCGAGGUUAUAUCCACUCCUGCGCAGAUUCACAAAAGAAACUCUGUUUAGCUUUGGUGGAGGGGCGCGCAGGGCUCGGGGACUUGUGCGGCAAAGAGGUCGUGGCACACAUGUUUGGUGCACGAGUGUGGACUUUUGAAGCCCGACCAGGCCACUGGGAACGAAUUGGGCGCAGGUAACAAGAAAAAAUUCAAUGAAGUACGCCAAAAUAUUUACAACGUGUUGAUCUGUUUCUUUACGAGACUGAGGCAGCUGAUGGUCAGGGAACUUUUUGACCCCUUGGCGGUGACGCGCCACAGGGGAGCACCAGCUCGCGCCGCUGCCGGGCAGGUGCACAGGCGGGGGUCGAGGCCACCCAGGAGUGCCCGCGACGCACCCCGGACUAUGCCUGACUAUUGUAAGAUAUCCGGUUCUUAUUUGUUAUAGAUAU